ACGUGAGAAGUUGCAGGCAGCGUUGGAUUAUGCUUGUGGUGAAGGUGGGGCUGAUUGCCGUCCGAUUCAGCAGGGUGCCACGUGUUACGAUCCGGAUACGCUGGAGGCUCACGCUUCUUAUGCGUUCAAUAGCUAUUAUCAGAAGAAUACACGUGGGGUUGGAACGUGCGACUUCAACGGAGCAGCCUACGUUGUCACUCAACAUCCCAAAUAUGGCAGUUGCAAGUUUCCGACAGGAUAUUGAUUUGGUCCGUGCUUUUGAGGAAAAAUCUCAACUAAUGAUGAGGAUUUGUUGAGAAAAGUUGCCUGCAAAUGGUCCUCGUUAUUGGAUAAAGGGGCCCAGGGAUGGACAUUCUUUUCUUUAAUAGUAUUAUAUUUAUAUAAUUUUAGUAUAUAGUUCGUAGGUGGACGUUUGAUCUAUAUGAUACUUUGAAGUUUUCUUUGUAAUUAUACCUACUUUUAAUUAAAUAGUGCUGAAUUGUUUUAGACGCUAUUUCAUUAUUUUA